GGAGGCGGGAUUUCUGUGAAAACGGUUAGGGAUAAACUAAAGCGCCCUGUCAGUCGUAGCUAGUUUUAGGUAGUCAAUAAAUGGCCUAAAGACAAAAUGUAUAAAAUUAAUUUUGCAUUAACGUCGUUUAUAAGAGGGGCAUGUCAGCAGCUUCUUGAGCCUUUGAAUGUAUCCGGAAAAACGAUAGGAGGACAUGUCUUGCGCCCACUAUACACAAGUUCUGCAAGAUUCCAAGAGGCCGAAGUUCAAUCUCAAGAGCUCACAUCCAGCACGACUUCUCCAAAAAGCUCUAGAGAGUUCAGUUUUUAUCCUCCCUUACCAGGCCAGGAUAGCAGUUUAAGAUGGGGUGGCAAAACGUUUGAAGAAUUACCCAUAGUUCACAUUAAUGCCACUUAUAACAAUACUCACAUCCAGGUGACGGACAACGACGGUCAGUCCAUGGCCAGAACCUCGUGUGGGACAGAAGGCUUCCGUAAUAUAAAGAAAUCCACUCCGAUUGCUGCCCAGACCACUGGCAUCGCAGCAGCUGCUAAGGCACAGGCGAAGGGAGUGACGUUUGUGCGUGUCCUAGUCAAAGGACUCGGUCCUGGGCGCUUGUCUGCCAUUAAAGGGUUAACCAUGGGAGGACUGGAGAUUGUGUCCAUCACCGACAACACGCCUGUUCCACACAAUGGCUGUCGGCCUCGUAAAGCUCGGAGGAUGUAAACCCCAGUAAUCCAGUCCGUCUGUGCCGAAAGCAUCAACAGCUGAGCCUGCAGUCUGAGCGGAGGAGCUGAACACAUUGCUCAUUUCCUUCGCACACUAUGACGUAUCACACUUCAUGUAACUAUAUGGGGUAUUUUGGAAGAUUUGUUCUGUGGCUUCUUUGUUGUAUUUUUAUGUAUUAAAUCAGUGGAAAUAAAGAGAUAAUUUUUGU